UCCGCCUUCUGUUCCUCCUGUUACCCUGGAUUCAACAAAAAAGACCAUUGAAACAACAGAAAAGCGACAGAACAUGAAGGUCUGAUGUGGCCUCAGUCUUCUCAGCACAGACUGGCCACAAUGUCUCUGAGAUGCUGUCAGAAGAUGUUACUGAGACUCUAUGGUGGCUCUCUGUCCACCGUGAAGAGCUGUAUGUGUUUGAGACGCUACACUAGAGCAGCUCAGAGUCACAGGAGGGUGGUGAUCACCGGCAUCGGGCUCGUUUCUCCCCUCGGGACAGGAAGUGCUCUGCCUUGGCAGCGUCUGAUUGGUGGAGAAAGCGGUUUGGUUGCUCUGGACCCAGAAGAGUAUAAGACCAUCCCCUGUAAGGUGGCGGCCUGUGUGCCGCGAGGAGAUAAACAUGGAGAUUUCAACGAAGAGGCGUUUGCGUCCAAAGGAGAGAUCAACGGCAUGUCUCCAGCCACGGUUAUGGCCGUCGGUGCCGCUCAAUUGGCUCUUGAGGAUUGCGGAUGGUUUCCCAGAAGCCCUGAGGAGCAGCUGAGCACCGGUGUGGCGGUCGGGAUGGGCAUGGUGUCUCUGGAGGAAAUCGCUCAGACGGCCUCUGCCUUUCAAACGCGCGGCUACAGCAAAGUCAGUCCGUUUUUCGUCCCUCGCAUCCUGGUCAACAUGGCCGCAGGACACAUAAGCAUCAAACACAAACUCAAGGGUCCCAAUCACGCCGUGUCCACCGCAUGCACCACGGGAGCUCACGCUGUCGGCGAUGCCGCCCGUUUCAUCGUUCACGGUGACGCCGAGGUGAUGCUCGCCGGCGGGACGGAGGCCUGCGUCAGUCCGCUGGCCAUCGCCGGGUUCGCUCGCGCUCGGGCCCUCAGCACCAACUGGAACCAGGAGCCCAGACUCGCCUCGCGCCCGUUUCAUCCAGACAGAGAGGGGUUUGUGAUGGGAGAAGGGGCGGCCGUGCUCGUUUUAGAGGAGUACAGACAUGCAGAGAAGAGGGGUGCGCGGGUGUACGCAGAGGUGCUGGGAUAUGGGCUCUCUGGAGAUGCCAGCCACAUCACGGCUCCAACCGCAGAUGGAGACGGAGCCUUUCGGUGCAUGGCUGCUGCUCUCCGUGAUGCUGGAGUGUCUCCUUCAGACGUGACGUAUGUCAAUGCCCACGCCACCUCCACGCCACUCGGAGAUGCCGCGGAGAACGCCGCCAUUAAGAGACUGUUUGAGCAGCAUGCGUACUCACUGGCCGUGUCCUCCACUAAAGGAGCGAGCGGCCAUCUGCUGGGAGCCGCCGGAGCGCUGGAGGCCGCCUUCACUGCCCUCGCCUGUCACCACAGCAUCCUGCCGCCCACCCUCAACCUGGACCGCACCGAGCCAGAGUUUGACCUGAACUAUGUGCCCUGCACAGCGCAGACCUGGAGCUCCAGCGGACGCAGAGUCGCUCUCACCAACUCAUUCGGCUUCGGGGGAACAAACGCUUCUCUGUGUCUCGCGAGCGUGUGAUCACUGUAAUGCAGAUGGAUGAUUUCGGUUCAAAUCCACUGGUAUUUCAUUAUGUAACUUUAAAGUCGACAUGAAGUGGAAGUUGCAAUAGUCUUUUCUUCCCUAUUGUGAUGUUUAUUGUAUUGGAGUGAAACAAGAGUGAAUGUAGGACGGGAUUUGGUCCAUGGGGAAUUGAUUGGAUGGUUGUGAUUUGCUAUUGGUGGAUUGCAUGGGAGUGACAGGUUGAUGCCACCCUUGCAACAGUUAACAGAAGAGAUGUCAUUGAAGAGGGAGGGGAAGGUAUUAUGAUUAAAGAUUAUAAGGACAAAUUAAAAAAAAAAUUAUAUAAAAUGUAAUACAUUAUGUUUGGCUGUCAGGUUUACUUUGCUAUGCCCUUACAUGUAUAUCUUCUCAACCAUGAAAAAACAUAAUUAUAUGAUAUAUUAUAUGUGGAUUAAUGCACUUCAAAUAUCUGAUAAAUUUAAUUUACAUGUGAUUUUGCUAAAUAAUUGUUCAAGGACUUGUAAUGCAAACGCUCACAGGGCAAAAGCCUAUUAUUAAAACAUAUAAUAAUUUUUUAUCAGCAGUUAAAGUUUGUGUUUUAAUCUCAAUAAAAAGGAAGUCUAUUUUUUAAGACCAAAAAGAUUUUUGCAUUGUGACCCGAUUGGUAUCCUUUGUAAU